CGAAGUCCGGCUGAUGAAGGGCGGAAGUUGAGUUUGGGGCCCAAGCAGCAGUCAUGGCGCUGGAAAAGGAAGAUAUUAGAGAUUACAAUUUGACUGAGGAGCAGAAGGCGAUCAAGGCCAAGUAUCCUCCAGUCAAUCGGAAGUACGAGUAUUUGGAUCAUACAGCUGAUGUCCAGUUACACGCAUGGGGAGAUACUCUGGAGGAAGCAUUUGAGCAAUGUGCAAUGGCCAUGUUUGGUUAUAUGACAGAUACUGGGACAGUGGAGCCCCUCCAAGCAACAGAAGUAGAAACCCAAGGAGAUGACUUACAGUCUCUUCUGUUUCACUUUUUGGAUGAAUGGCUUUAUAAAUUCAGUGCUGAUGAAUUCUUCGUAGCCCGGGAAGUAAAAGUACUUAAUAUUGAUCAAAGAAAUUUCAAAUUACGGUCAAUUGGGUGGGGAGAAAAAUUCUCAUUGUCCAAGCACCCUCAGAUUCAGUAUUUGCCAGCAUGUAUGGCUUCGCUCUAUACGAGUCAAAUCUGUUGGAAUAGGGGGAACUGAAGUCAAAGCAAUAACAUAUUCAGCAAUGCAGGUCUAUGAUGAAGAGAAGCCAGAAGUUUUUGUGAUCAUUGACAUUUAAGACACACACAAAAAAGAGACUCCCUAUAAAGAACUGUUUUUUCUCUUCCUUUUGAGAAGAUACCAUGAUAUAAAUUCUACAGUAUCUGUUAAUAUAUGGAGAUUUGCAGAACAGAAAUUUUUAACUUAAAGUGUGACUUUCAGAAAUGGAAAAUCUAGGUACAGUCUUGAUCUGUGUUAUCCAAAUAUUCAAAGUUUAAAGAAACCUUUAGGUGGCAAGUAUGGUUCCUCAUUUGUUAAUUCCCUGCUGUAGCAGCAGGUGCCUUACACCCUUCCCAUGGAAUGCCAGCCCUCCAGCCUGGUCCCAGAAAGGAUCAUUGAUCUAAGAAAAGCCUGAGAGACUCUGAAGCCCCCAUGUUCUUACUGAAUGCAGCUCGAAAAAAAAAGAAAUUUGAGGAAUCCUA